CUCCAGUGCAGUCUAGAAAUUUCUCGCUUGCAAAUUUUGCGAUCCACCCUAGCGUGAUUCAGCUUAUGACGAAUGAGUAGUCAAAACAAUCUCAAACAUUCCAGGUAGGGUUAUCCCAAAGAAGUAAGUUAAUCCAGGUAGAAACGGGUCCCAAAAGAAUUUGGCAGUGACGAUUAGUUGACGAGUUGAAGUGAAAGUGUUCGGAUGUUAGAAUUUAGAAAAUUUACAAAAUGAAAUCAUCAAAACUCUUAUGCGUGGUAUUAUUUGCGACAUUAUGCAUCCAAUCCUCAAGAGCACUCCCCCUGCUGGACUAUUUCACGUCAGAACCGUUGCGCGACGGCGGCUCCGGCGAACCAGAUCAACCACAAUCCGAUUCGACUGAUGUCGGAAGUUACGCGGACAGUCCGAUGAUCCGUUACGAUACGGUCGUCCCAGUGCUGAGAGUGGUCCUGACUCCGAUUGGUCGAAUGCUUCAACCGAUGAUCGAACGUUGGCUGGUGGCACGCUUCGGGCCGUACAUCGAAACGGUUGGUCGAGCGCUGGAGAGCUUUUCGAACUUUGCCACCGAAAACGUGUCCUUCCAAACCGGUGACACGUACUACACCAAGAGUGACCUCGUCGAUGGGUACGGGUACAACUCGCUGAUCAUCAAUUUGCCGUCGGGAAGGAGCAUCACCGUGCUGACGCACAAAUCCAGCCGGAAGCUCAACAUUUUGGACGAAUUUCCCCAGCUGACGGAGGCCCUGAACGAGGUUAGGAAGCUGCAGUAAAAUGAUUCGUUUUUUUUUCGUGGGGGAUUUCAAGACUGACAGAGGCUAAUUUUGCACGUUCAAUCAGAUUAUUUAUUUUUCUAUUUAUUCAUUCAUCACCCCUAACAUCAACCCCGAAAGCGAAAUGUGCAGUCAAAGUUUGUGCUUUUUUUUGCGCGUUUGCCUAUGACUGGUGUAGAAGUAACCGAAAUAAAUGCAUAACAUG